ACUUCCUCCAUACCUAUCAACUGACUUCGAGAUUGCACUGAAGCCCGUUCCAUUACCUCAGCUCCACACAUAUAGCCUCGAGACGCGAACCAAAUCGACGACGGAAGAUCAGGCACCGCGAACAUGGCGGACAGGUUUCCUUCUCUCGACGACUUUGACGCUGGCAAGACAGAGGCGACUGGCCAGUCCUCACUCGACGCCCUCGACAGCGAAGAACCCUCCGACUUCCUUGCCCGCGAACGAGCAGCACUAGGAGAGGAUGCUGAGCUAUUCGCAUCAAGUGCCGACAACACUGCCACAGUCGCCGAUGCCGAUGAUGACGACGACGAUGAUCUUCUGGGUGGAGGUGGUGGAAGCAGCAACCAUGACAUGAACGGUGCGAUGGACGAUUUCGAAUCAUCAUUUCCGGCGGUCGACACGUCCAAUGAAGCAGUCGCACCAGGUGGCAGUAUUACUGGCUCUACGACCCUUCCAUACCAGUCAUCCACCUACGUCGACGAGGCUGAGCCUGAGGUUCUACGGGAAUGGCGCGAACGUCGCGAUCUUCAAAUUCAGCAUCGCGAUGAGGUGUCGGCUGGAAAGAAGGCGGAGACUGUGAAAGCUGCCCAGCAGGCAGUGGAUGAAUUCUACGAGAACUACAACAACCGCAAGGACAAGCAAAUCGCGCAGACGAGGAAGGAGGCAGAGGAGUUUUUGAAGAACCGGGAGGACACCACAAGCGGAGGCACGAGCUGGGAGAGAAUUGCCAAGCUGGUGGAUUUGAGUGGUAAGGGGACAUCGGGAGGUGCGGCAGGUAGUGGCAAGGCGAAAAUGAGGGAGCUGUUGGUGAACUUGAGGAAGGACGAGAAGGCGCCAGGUGCUACUGGGUAUUGAGGGAGGAGAGUGUACUAUGAGAGCGCCUGAGUAAUGGAGUCUGCGAUCGUGUCAAUGUCGCGGAAAAGAUUGGCUAGCAGAAGAGUCACGAACAAGCGUCCUCUCGAGAAGCAGACGAGUAUGCUUGCAAUCACCACAAACUUGGUAGUAGAAUGUGGUCAGUCUGGUGUCUCGCGACCGUAGCCUAGCCACGACAGCGACGACACAGCCAGAUGAUCCAG